UUGAUUAAUCAGUGGAUUAAUUGAUUGUUUGUCUGCAGUUCAAAAUCAAAAACCUAUUGUUAGACCAAGAGGCGUCAAUUAUGAACUUUAAUGUUCCUGGGAGGAUCAAAGGUAGGAAGAUCUUAACCACUUCAAUAUUGUAAAGUGGCUCCACAUGUUGAGGAACUCAAGAUUUUUGCUUUAGGAUACAAGUGAUGGAAAAGCAGUAAAUAGUCUGGCAUUUUUAAUGGAAAAAAAUAUUAUUAAUAAUUAAUUUUACAGUAAAAUAGCUCAGUAUUGAUAUUUUCUGACCAUUCAUUAGAUUAAAUACGAAUAUGAGUGAGAAAUGACACGAAAGGUUCCACUGUGGGAUUCAUUUUUAUGGAUUUCACACCAAUCUAAAGGAAUGGAUGCAGUUCCCAUUGUUCCUUUGCUGUCCCAGAUCUUUUUACUGAAAUAAACCUAUUUCGAUGUGCAACAUCAUGGGCAGGAAGGAGACAUGGAAAAGAAGUAACUCUUCAACCCCCCCAAAAACAAACAAACAAACAAACAAAACCUCUGCGCUGUUUAAUCCGUCUCUACCUUUAAUGGGUCAGUUCAUGUCAGGGCAAUGAAAGGUUUAAACGGGAAGCUUUCGUUUUCAGUUUUUAUACCCGGUUUGCAGCAGGGAGGAUAUCUCUGGCGCCCCUACCGACUCCUUAGAGCGUAUGCGGCUCCACACAGAGUGAAAUCACGAUGAUCACACGUCCUCUCUCACAGCUCCCACAGACACAUAACUGAACGUUUACAAGUCAUUUCCUUCGGGGACUAUCCAGCCCCUGUUUCUCGGUUUCAGUAAGGAACCGCUCGGUACAGCUUGACUCGCUGACGGCUCCGGCCCUCUUCCAGGCCGGUGUUUUGAUUGGAUUAGAGUCGGCUAGCCUUUGCCCUCUAACCUCGCUGAUGUUUGCUUGCUGCUUCCUGCUCGCUCCGCUCCGUCUGAUCGACUGACGAAGCCUGCCGAAGCCGCUCGGCGAAGCGCCCUGCACGGACACAGCAGACCGGGACAAGCCGCCGCUCACAGCCGAAAGGAGAGCCGAGCAGGGGGAGCCGCGAAGCGCACACACGGGCGGGGGGACGCAAAAACCAGGCAGCCAUGCGGAGGAAAUCAAGGAUAUUGUUGUGCUUUGCUGUGCUGUGGGUGCUGGGGAUAGCCUACUACUUCUACUCGGGGACAGCGUUGAGUCGAAAGGAUGACUGGGUGUCCAGGGACUUGUCCGGUAGGACCAAAGGUCACAACUCUGACGACAAAGCCCACGGCCCGGAGACACUGCCACCAGGUAAGGUGCGCUGGCAGGAUUUUGACCAGGAUCUGUAUGUUGGAGCCACGGUGGUCCGGCCAGGUCAAGACCCCUACGCCAGAAACAAGUUCAACCAGGUGGAAAGUGACAAACUCCGAAUGGACAGAGCUGUACCAGACACGAGACAUGAUCAUUGCAGACAUAAGCAGUGGAAGUCAGACCUGCCGGCCUCGAGCGUUGUCAUCACCUUCCACAAUGAGGCUCGCUCUGCUCUGCUGCGGACUGUGGUCAGUGUCCUGAAGAAAAGUCCACCUCACUUGGUCAAAGAGAUCAUUCUGGUUGAUGACUACAGUGAUAAUCCUGAGGAUGGAGCGCUGCUGGGGAAGAUUGAGAAAGUACGCGUGUUGAGAAAUGACCGCAGAGAAGGCUUGAUGCGAUCAAGAGUUCGUGGUGCAGAUGCUGCCACAGCACCAGUCCUCACCUUCCUGGACUCUCACUGUGAAUGUAAUGACCACUGGCUAGAGCCGCUGCUUGAAAGAGUGGCUGAGGAUAAGACACGAGUAGUUUCUCCCAUCAUUGAUGUCAUCAACAUGGACAACUUUCAAUAUGUCGGCGCCUCUGCCGAUCUGAAAGGAGGCUUUGACUGGAAUUUGGUGUUUAAAUGGGACUACAUGACUCUGGAGCAGAGACGAGCCAGACAAGGCAACCCGAUCGCUCCUAUAAAGACACCAAUGAUAGCAGGUGGCCUCUUUGUCAUGGAUAAAGAGUACUUUGAGCAGCUGGGAAAGUAUGACAUGAUGAUGGAUGUAUGGGGAGGGGAAAAUCUCGAGAUCUCAUUUCGUGUGUGGCAAUGUGGCGGCAGUCUGGAGAUCAUCCCCUGCAGCAGAGUUGGCCACGUCUUCAGAAAGCAGCAUCCUUAUACCUUCCCGGGUGGCAGUGGCACUGUGUUUGCAAGGAACACAAGGAGAGCAGCAGAGGUGUGGAUGGACGAGUAUAAAAACUUCUACUAUGCCGCUGUCCCCUCAGCAAGAAAUGUCCCCUAUGGGAAUAUCCAGAGUCGUUUGGAGAUGAAGAAGAGAUUAAACUGUAAGCCAUUCAAAUGGUACCUGGAGAAUGUCUACCCUGAGCUGAGGGUCCCAGAUCACCAGGACAUUGCUUUCGGAGCCCUGCAGCAGGGAGGAAACUGUCUGGACACCUUGGGUCACUUUGCUGAUGGUGUGGUCGGCGUCUAUGAAUGUCACAAUGCAGGGGGAAACCAGGAAUGGGCUCUAACCAAGGAUAAAUCGGUAAAACAUAUGGACCUGUGUCUGACUGUGGUGGACAGAACAGCUGGUUCCCUCAUCAAACUACAAGGCUGUAGAGAGAAUGACAGCAGACAGAAAUGGGAGCAGAUCGAGUCCAACUCGAAGCUUCGUCACGUGGGCAGUAACCUCUGCCUGGACAGCCGCAGCGCCAGGAUGGGCGGACUCACUGUGGAGGUCUGCAGCCCGAGCCUCACCCAGCAGUGGAAGUUCACUCUCAAUUUACAAUCGUAGGGGGCGCUCCAGAUCCCCGGAAGACUCGGUAUAGCGAAGAGAAACACCUACAGACUCCUGAGAUGCGGCUAAAAAGAUGAAUAGACUCAAGAAGAAAGACAAACUCUUCCUCCUUCUCCUCCUUCCUCCUCCACAGAGGUACAGCCAGUCACGUGCGCACCCUUCUCUCACCCAUCUCCCUAAACGAUGAGCCACGCGUAAUGAAGGGAGGGGCCGGGAGACCCAAAUGGAGUUAACAGGAACCUGACUGCAUGUGGUGGAUGGAUGGUGGCGAUCACGAGGAUAAAGGAGACGAAGAGGCUUUUGUUUCAAAAAUACAUACCUCAGUGUUUUCUCAUUGAUGGUUCCAGCUGCAAACGGCGAAAUUGUUCUUCUCCUUUCUUUAAUGCUGGUGGAAAGAGAAUUUUUUGGUGUACUUGUUUUAUUUUCUUAUUCAUAUUUUUUUAUUUCUUGCUGUUAACUGUCCACAGAGACUUGCUUUUUUUCCUUCUUCUUCUUCUUGGAAGCAUCCUGUAAUGGCAGAUGGAGCCUUCAGGUUGUGGUUUCGGGGAGGUGUGGGUUGUUGAGUGAUGUGAAGGGAGGAAAUGGACUCGAGGCCUUGAGCUUUUCCUCUCGUUUAUUCUCACUGGUUUACAGAGUCAACUGAGAGAAAAGAGGCAAAGAAUGCAGUUUUUCUACAGACUCUUUCUUGGUGGAGGUGAAGACAAUCUGGGAGGGUUUUCGCUGCUUUGCAUGGGGUUUUUUUCCCCCCUCAGAAGUGUUGUGAAUGCCUCCCUGAAGAUUUUCCUGUCUUUGGGCUGUAGUACUGGCUGCUGCAGCCUCCAAUACUUUCACAGAGAAAAUACCCAGAGAAUAAGUCACCAGUCUCUCUUUUUUUUCCUUUUUCUUUUAUUUUGGUUUACUUUCUAAUCAAAAAAUGGAACCAACUUUUAAAAGGAUGUUUUGAGUUUCAGAAAGACCAGUGAUUAAAAUGGUUUUCUUUACA